AACGUUUUCAAAACCCUCGUCCACCCUCGCAAGUACAUUCGUACCCUCGUCUCUUUUUUCCCUCUCAUUCCCUCUUUAUCUCUUCCUCAGCGCUUCUGCCGUCCUCUGCUCUUCCUCCCAAUCCUCUUCGAUUGCUGAUCGAGGGUUUGAUUUUCCACUGUUUUGCUAUAUAUAUAUAUAUAUUAGUAUUUUUGUUUUCUGUUUGUGUGUCUUUGCAAUCCCGUGUUGUUCUCUUGAUUUGAGAUGGUCACCGGUUCGCGAAUCGAAGGUGGGACAAUUCUGUCGGCUCGUGUUCGGAAAACCAUCCAAUCGAUCAAAGAAAUUGUUGGUAAUCAUUCGGAGGUUGAUAUAUAUGCGACUCUUAAGGAGACCAACAUGGAUCCUAACGAGACUGCUCAGAAAUUGCUUAAUCAAGUGUUUUUUGAUGUUUGAAGUGAGUUUAAGGACCUUGGGAUUGACGAAUGCUGCCCAAGAUCCAUUUCAUGAGGUAAGGAGAAAAAGAGACAAGAAGAAAGAGAAUAUAGGGUACAAAGGUUCUAUAGAACCAAGAAAGCGUGCUGAGCAUAUAAGUCAAGGGAUGAAAUUUCACACAUAUUCUGAUCGUAAUGUUCGGAAGGGAGGCUAUAUUCGGAAUCCUUUACCUGAUGCAGUGAUCAGUAGGGAGUUCCGUGUUGUGAGGGACAAUAGAGUUAACCAGAAUGCUAAUCGAGAACUGAAGCCUGCUUCGCCGCAAUGUUCAAUGUCUGCCUCUGAGCAGGGGAUUUCAAAUGUUAAUGAGAAGGGCUCAGCUGGAACUUUAAGCAAUCAAAAGCCCUCAGGUGGACGUCUUUCUUCCCAUGCUUCAAAUGGGCUGACUGAUUCACACUCUAGGCAUGCUCUUGAUGCUAAUUCAAGUGGUACUGAAAAGAGAGAAUUCUUAGAGAGGCGAGUAGUGGUUCCUUCUACAGCUUCCCGGGUGCAAGUAGUGAAGUCAAAUGAUUCUCAUUCACACACUGCCACAAUGGCAUCAAGCAACUCUGUAGUUGGGGUUUAUUCAUCCUCUUCAGAUCCUGUUCAUGUGCCAUCUCUUGAUUCCAGAUCAUCUGGUGCUGUUGGGGCUAUUAAACGUGAAGUUGGUGUGGUCGGUGUGCGCCGACAUUCUUCUGAAAAUUCAGUCAAAAAUUCAUCUGUACCAAGCAACUCUGUCUCAAGUUCUCACUUGGGUCGGGAUAUUCCCUCUCUUACGGAGCCAUAUCGACCUUUUAAUUCCAUUUCUAAGAGUGACCAACUCAGUCAAACUACUGUACGUGAAUCAGUUAUGCCAAGCAUGCCGGUCAAUAGAUCUUUCUUGAGCAGUCAGUAUGGUAGUAGACCACACCAGCAACUUGUGGGUCAUCAGAAAGCCCCCCAGCCCAAUAAGGAGUGGAAACCUAAAUCGAGUCAAAAAUCAAGCCCUUCCAUCCCUGGGGUGAUCAGAGCCUCAACAAAAUCUGUUCCACCACCUGCUGAUAAUUCCAAGGAUCUGGAGACUGAUACGGAUCAGUUGCAAGAUAAGCUUUCACGAGUAAACGUAUACGAAAAUCAGAAUGUUAUCAUAGCACAGCAUAUUCGGGUUGCUGAGGCUGAUCGCUAUCAGCUGACUUUUGGCAGCUUUGGGCCAGAUAUUGAUUCUUCUAUGAAUAUUGCAUCCGGGUUUCAAACAGUGGGAGGUGCUGAAGAAAGUGGGGAAUCUUCUGCAAGCAGUUUGUCGGCAUCUGCUCCAGAGCCUCCCAGUGAUGAUACUUCUGGCAGUAAGCAGGUAGAUACAUUAGCUGACCAAGUUAGGCAUUCUGGAUCUGAUUCUCCAGCGUCAGGGCCUCCAUGUGAACCUCAAUUGGCUGAUAAAAGAGACUCCUUAACCACUCAGAAUUUGGACAAUUAUGCAGACAUUGGAUUGGUUCGGGACAACAGCCCAUCCUACGCUGCAUCAGAUUCACAGCAGCAGCAAGAUCCUCCUGAGUUGCCAAGUUUUUCGGCAUAUGAUCCCCAGACUGGUUAUGAUAUACCAUAUUUCAGACCCACAAUGGAUGAAGCUGUCCGAGGCCAGGGCUUGCCGUCUCCUCAAGAGUCCUUGAGCUCGCAUACAGCCAAUAGCAUCCCGGCAUCAACAAUAGCCAUGAUACAGCAGCAAAGUACACCAGUGGCCCAGAUGUACCCUCAAGUUCAUGUUUCCCAUUUUGCUAAUCUAAUGCCAUAUCGUCAGUUCCUUUCCCCUGUUUAUGUGCCACCAAUGGCCAUGCCUGGCUAUUCUAACAACACUGCCUACCCACACCCCUCAAAUGGUAGCAGUUACCUACUCAUGCCUGGAGGUAACUCCCAUCUUAGCGCAAGUGGCCUCAAGUAUGGUAUUCAGCAGUUUAAGCCUGUUCCUGCUGGCAGUCCUACUGGGUUUGGAAAUUUUACUAGUCCAACUGGGUAUGCUAUCAAUGCUUCUGGUGUUGUUGGCGGUGCAACUGGACUUGAUGACUCAUCUCGUCUCAAAUACAAAGAUGGCAAUAUUUAUGUUCCAAAUCCACAGGCCGAGACAUCUGAAAUUUGGAUACAGAACCCAAGGGAGCUUCCUGGCAUGCAACCUGCACCAUACUACAACAUGCCUGGGCAAACACCUCAUGGUGCAUAUAUGCCAUCCCACACUGGGCAUGCUUCGUUCAAUGCUGCUGCAGCGCAAUCUUCCCACAUGCAAUUUCCAGGCAUGUAUCAUCCUGCUCCACAGCCAGCUGCCAUUGCGAAUCCUCACCAUUUGGGGCCUGCUAUGGGAGGUAACGUUGGAGUUGGGGUGGCUGCAGCGGCUCCUGGGCCUCAAGUUGGUGCCUAUCAACAGACCCAAUUGAGUCAUCUCAAUUGGACAACGAACUUCUAAAAACAAGAUGUUUAUCAAUUCGAUUCUUGCUUGCAAGGGAUCGAAGCUAGUAAUAGAGGGCUCUAGUUUUCUUUGUGAAAUGAGUAAAACUAUAUUCCUUUUCUAUUUAAUGCAUAAUGUUGUGUUUUUAGUAGAAAA